AUGGUCCUUCAGUGGCGGUUACCUGACCUGUUGCGGGCUGGUGGAAUCCGUAUGGACAUAGCCGGUGCAACCGUGGGCGCACGCCAGCUGGGCAUCGUUCACCAUAGCGAUUACAAGCAACACGACCUGUUGCAGGGUGACAAUCUUCCCUACGGACUCGGCAAUUUAAGCCAUGGCUACUCACAUGACAUGGCGCGCGUGCUCAUGGCGGGGGGCCUUCCUGCUGCUACAGCCGUAGGAGCAGCGGUCAUCAGCCACCAGCCGACUCCAUUGCUAACUUCGGGCGGCGCCUUUGUUGCUACCCGGGUACCAUCACAACCGCAGCUGCCGACGGCUUCCUACUAUACUAAUCCAGCCCCAGCCAACAGAUCAGAUCCGUUCGCCAACUACGUGCCGGAGUCCGAUAAUCUGUUGCUGGAGCCAUUCCUGGGAGGCGGCAGCUUUGUGGUUCCGGAGCUGGUUCCCGCACCGCCGAUGGAAACUACUGGAGUGACGCCGGCAGCAGCGGUGGCAGAAGCGGCAGAGUUCGCGGUUGUCCCGUCCGGUCCAUCAAAACGUGACUUGUUAAAGACUCUUGAGGAAAUUGCGCAGGAGAUUGCUGCCCAAGAGGUUCCGGAUUUGCCGCCGGAAGUUGGUCUCGUAGCUGAAACAGAAGAUGAAACGGCGGAAGUGGCGGCCGAGGAUCCGGAUCCUACAGCGGGUUCGGAGCAGGGCAGCAGUGUUAAGGGAUCCGAUGCCGACGGCAACGCCAGGGGUGAUACGGAAUCAGAAUCUACGGGUACGACUGGUCCUGACGCCUGCGGCAAGCAGACGCCGUCGCCGUCGCCAGCGGCCUCUGACGCAGAGCUGCUCGCAAACGCUACGGCCGCGGCUGGCGGCGCGCCGGCGGCCGACGGCGCGAAGCGGCGCACGACCGUGUUCGAAAUUCCUAUUGUGAGCUCGUUGCGCGGCCUGCCAUCCGGACCUGGCGUGGUGGAAGUUAAGUGCGUUGUGUCGCCGUCGUACGACAACGGCGAUGCGUUGCCCGACGAUGACGUGGCAUUGGUGCAUGCGGCGGUACUGGCUGUUAUGGCGGUGAUAGAAGCGGACAUGAAAAACGAGGAACAGUCGCCGCCGCCGCCGCUGCCGACGGCGACGGUGACGGCGGUAGAGGCAGAGGAUGGGGUUGCGACGACGGGUUCAGCCGGCGAGGACGCGGCACCACCGUCGGAUGUCAACGCAGAUGAUGCAGCAUCAGGCGGUACGGCAGCAUUAAACAUUGGCAAGGGCGACGUCACUGCCGCCUCCGCCGGGGCCGGCCGGCGCCGGGACGUUUCCUCUAUUGAUGGUGACAACCGCCGUACCGCCGUAAGGUCCGCAUCCUCCUUGUCCUCCUCUGCGCCGCCGCGGCCGCCACGGCGCACAGACUCGACAUCAGCUGCAUCGGCGUCAGCGUCGGUGCCGCUUGGCGGAUCAGCCUGCACGGCAGUGAAGGCGCUGCGGCGUGUUGAAACUCCGGUGCAGCUGGAGGUGGCGGCGGCGGCGGCGGCUGACGACGACGGGCGGGUGGCGGGAGCUGCCGCCGGAACAGGAGGAUCCUUGGAGGAGCCAAUGUCGAUGUUGGCGUCAUGCGCGGCAGAUUUGUUGCCCGAAAAGCUCUCGUCUUCCUCGCAGGGCUGUGGCGGCUCCAAAAACGCAAGCCAAGACCAGAACCGCCAACGGACGGCGGCGGCGGCGGCGGAGGUGGCGCGCCUGAACAGGCUACGGCGUCAGGGGGCCGGAGGCGGAGGUGUACAGCUGCGCAACGGUGACGGUGGCGGCGACUCGACGACGGCGGCUGCACUGCCGCCGGGCGGGGGGAACUCAAAGGCCCUGAAAACCCGCCAGCAACAACGGCUGCCGUUUUUUUCGCCGACUGGCAGCGGCGGCGAUGGCGGCGGAGACGACGGCGACAGCGACAGCCAGACUGCUUGGCUGGCCUGCCCGGACAGCUGGCUGCAGCACCUGUCGACGCGGCCGUCGGCGCCGAUGUUACGUCCUGAAGCCCCGCCGUACAGCGGCGGCGGUGGCGCCGCCGCCGCUGGCCACACACAGCGGCGGCGCGCCUCAGCUCACGACGCGAUAUGCAGCGGUGAGACUCUGCGCGUGAAUUCCUCACCGCAAAUUGGGAUGAUGGCGACGAAAGAAGUCAGCAGCGCGAGCUUUCCUCGUCCAAAUCAACAACAGCCUCCGGAGGUGUACGGCAGCCCCGGGCCAGCCUGGCGGCAGCGGCAGGCCGCCAAAAACCUCCCUGGCAGGCCUUCGCGCAGCGACCUUCUCGAAAGGUAUGCGGCACGACAGGCACCCGCCAGCGGCGCCGAGAUUGCCUUGGCUUCGGGGCAGCUGCACGUCAGCAACCAUGUACGGAAAGCCUGGGCCUCGGAAAGGCCGGAUUCUGGCGUGGCGCAAAAGCAAAUGCGGCAGCAAGCGGCGGCGGUGACGGUGGCGACGGCGGUGACGGCAGCCGGCGCUGCGCGACCGCGGCCCGCAUCUGCGCAUCGGCCGCCGGGCCCUCGUGACCUAACCACUACGGGGGGUCCUUGGGCGACGCCUGCCGACCGCGGCGGCGGCCACAACGGCUACCUGGAACAGCGCCGGGUGGAAAAGGCCCACCGGGCAUGGCUGGCGGAGCUGCAGAGCAAUCCAUCAGGGGUCGUUAUCAAUGGCGGCGGCUGUACGACAGCUGCGGCUGGGCAACCUGCAUCAGUGACGGCGCCGGCGGCCGAGCAACGCAGGUCUGCUGCCGGCGGCGGCCGCGAAUACGGCAAUAAUCCCGUACAAGAGCGGGUCGCUGCUGUGGAACGAUGGUUGCAGUCGGGGAGUAGGGACGCCACCACGAGGGACAGCGGAGGCCGGGGCCCGCAGCAGCUGAGUUGCGGCCCGUACGACAGUCCUGCUCAUGGCGGCCCCGCCGCCGGCUUGCGCUCCCUGUGGGUUGGUGACCGCGGCGGUAAACGGGCGGAUUAUGAAGCAGCGCAUCGUAGUACAGAGCCAACGGCCGCUACCGGCGGCCAACGAAACAUUCCCAGACAGCAGCAGCAGCGAGGCGUCGCAACGGCGGCGGCGGCGGCGGCGGCGGCAAAGGGUGGCGUGGGGCCGGCGGUGCCGUGGGCGCCGCUGAGGAGGAUGUCGUCCGUUUCGUAA